AGAAACAAUUGUGUAAUUAUUAGAAAUAAUACUGAUGGUUUUGAGAAGAGAAGUGAAUAUUUAUUAGUUUGAAUUUAAAUUAGAAUUCAAAAGAUGUCCUAAGAUUGAAGAAUGAAAAAACAGAUAAUUAUAGAAUUUACAUUUAAUUUUUGAUAAAAACAAGGAAAAAUAAAUAUCGUGAAAAAUAAGAAUACUAAUUACCCGGCAAAUCUAAUUUACAAUAUUUCCCUCUUUUAUUAAUUUUAAAUAAUAAGAAAAAGUAUUCAAGAUGUUCGAGGCCAAGUUUAACGAUGGAGUUUUAUUCAAAAAGAUUGUUGAGGCAGUUAAGGAAUUAGUAAAGAAUGUUAAUUUAGAAGCAAAUGGAACAGGAAUAUCAUUAUAAGCUAUGGAUACAUCUCAUGUAGCUUUAGUGGCCUUGUAAUUAAAUGAGAAGGGAUUCAAAAAAUAUAGAUGUGAGAAAUCUUUGACUAUGGGUUUAAGUAUUGAAAAUUUGUAAAAAAUUCUGAAAUGCUCAGGAAAUGAUGAUCAAAUUACUUUGAGAACUUAAGAAGAAGAACCAACAACAUUAUCAUUUACAUUUGAAUCAAAAAAUAGAAUAAGUGAAUUUUAGUUGAAUUUGAUGUCCUUAGAUUAGGAAUAAUUAGGUGUGCCCGAUACAGAGUAUUCAUCAGUAGUCAGAAUGCCUUCAAAUGAAUUCACAAAAAUUUGCAGAGAAUUGGGAAACAUUAAUGAGGCAAUAGGAAUAGAGACAUCGAAAGAUGGAAUAAAGUUUUUUGUUAAGGGUGAUAUAGGAGAGGGUCAAGUUUCUGUUAAAACCAAUGAAUCAGAGAAACUAGAAGAGAGAGUAGAAUGUGAUGUUGAUGAACCAGUGAAUUUGAGUUUUGCAGUGAGAUAUUUCAAUUUAUUUAAUAAGGCAUCGGCAUUGUCAAAUUAGGUUAUAUUGUCAAUGUCUUAAGAUUAGCCAUUAGUGAUUGAAUAUAUUAUUGAGGAGAUGGGAUCUCUUAAGUUAUAUUUAGCUCCUAAAAUAAAUGACGAAGAAUCUUAAUGA